AGUUUACGAUAUUUCUAGUCAUAAUCUCUUGAAAGUUACAAAUUGUAUUUUUAAGAUUAUAGCGCAAUUUAAAUAUAUUUUACGGAGUUUUAAUGUUACUGAUUUUGCAGCUAUAUAAUACGAGCAUACAAUAACAUUAUUGGGUGAAGUAGAAGACAGCUGAUACAAAACAAAACGUCAACAUUGAGUAUGCGAGUCAGCCUGAACACUUUAUAAUUAGGCCUACAGAUUUUAGGUUCGCCUCAUAUGUGUAAUGCAUACUUGUUAAUUUCAUUUGCAAACCAAUGGAAAACUGUUUGACAAAUAUCUUGUGCCUGUGGACACUGGAAGAAGUAACACACGUAUUACAUAAUUGAAACUAUGAGUGUAAAAAUGCUAAAAAAUAUAUUUUUUGUGGUAAGCUUACUGAGUCCAGCAGCAGCUGUUGGCAGCAACGCAACGGACACUUUUGUGACAUUUGGAAGCGGGGCGAUAGUGGAUUCCUCACAAGGAAUUGACGCGUUGUCAGUUCCUCAGCAACCGUUUUUACGUACACGGCUUGGUGAUCAACAAUCACCAAAUCAAAAAGUUUCUACACAGCACGUGCUAGCUGCUGUAGAAAACUUAUCUCUCGAUAUUCGUACCCAGCUGUCAGAAUGCAGUGGGGGCAGGAUUAGACAACUAGAGCAGGCUGUCCUUGACCUAUCAAGUGUAUUAAAAGUUUUUGUAAACCAAGGACAGACUAAAGUUAUAUUUAAACGUCCAAAAGACUGCACAGAUCAUCUUCUUAAUGGAGUAACACAAAGUGACGUGUAUAUUAUAUACCCAGACGACUGUGGAUCGCCAUUCGAGGUUUAUUGUGACAUGACAACUGAUGGCGGAGGAUGGACAGUUUUUCAAAGAAGACAAGAUGGUAUGGAAACAUUUUACCGAGGGUUUGGAAGUUACCGUAGAGGCUUCGGGAAAUUACUUGGAGAAUUUUGGCUUGGGUUGGAUAAGAUCCGGCGACUCACUUUGCUUGAUGAAUAUGAGCUUAGAGUCGAUAUGAAAGAUUUUGACAGCAACACGGCAUACGCAAAAUAUGGCAGGUUCCGUAUUGGGGGGCUUGAGGAGGACUUUCGGCUACUUGUUGAAGAAUACUCAGGGACCGCAGGUGACGCUAUGAUACUGCACAACCACCAACGCUUUAGCACCUUUGAUCGUGAUAACGACGCGUGGAAUGGCGGCUGCUGUGCUGAGGAGUACAGUGGUGCGUGGUGGUAUGAAUCGUGCCAUUUCGCCAACUUAAAUGGUGUUUAUUUGCACGCACCUGGAAGUGAAUAUGGAAGAGGUGUAGUUUGGAGGCAGUGGAGAGGCUACGAAUACUCACUUAAAUUUGUUGAAAUGAAGAUGAGGCGAAAGAACUAGGCAAAACUUCAGGGGCGCUUAUCCUCUAAAAUUUAAUUAAACUAAAUUAAAAUACCGGUAAUAUCCCUUAAUAUCAAUUCUUUUUCAGUUACAGUAAAAGCAUUUAGUGCAAAUCGGUUUAAUAUCUGAUAGCAUCAAAGCAUUAACGUAAUAGUAUUACCUCGACUAGACUCCUAAUAAUGACUCAUUUAACCACGUUUUAAAUGUCUUACGGGGUCAGUCAGAUGGGUGUACAAGAAAUGUGCAAUGAUUAACUAUGAAUAUUUUAUGUGUUUGGCAAAUACGAUUGAAACAACAGGCGCAAACGCCCUUAGAACGGGAAUCUAUCUUUAACCUACUGGUGAUUCACCACGAUGGAUAUAUAUAUCUAACAUCUAACUCUGAACAUUAUAGUUACGUGCCUAUUGUUUUUGGAUUCUACCUUGUUAGCAUUUUUAGAUGUUUGUGUUUCUCAAUUAUACGACUAGCAUUGAGGAAGGACACAUAUUU